CUUCGAACAACCUCAGCUUGAACAAUCUUCAUGGCAAACCCCAACUUCCUCCUAGUGGCUUUUCCCAGCCAGAGCCACAUAAACCCCGCCCUCCAACUCGCGAGCCGCCUCCUCCGGACCGGGGCUUCCGUCACAUUCACCACCACGACGUCCGCUCACCGCCGCAUGACCGGACUCCAGAAGUCUGACCGUCUGACAUUCGCCACCUACUCGGACGGCGUCGAAGAAGGAUUGAAACCAAGCACUAAUAGCCUGGAGCACCUUAUGGACGAGACAGCACGACGGUGCUCGGAAGCCCUGAGACAACUCAUUGAGACGAGCCAAAGUAAGGGCCAGAACUUCACGUGCAUAAUUUACACGGCGGUCGCACCUUGGGUGGCCGAUGUUGCGCGUUGCUAUGACAUCCCGUCCAUUGUACUUUGGAUUCAACCAGCUACAUUGUUCGAGAUAUAUUACUAUUAUCUCAAUGGCUACGGUGGCAAUAUCACAAAUGAGAGCAACGGUCCUCCAUCACCGACUCCAUUACCGGGACUGCCGCCGCUCACGGGCCGGGACAUCCCUUCUUUCUUGUCCCCCGGGAGCCCAUUUGGUUUCCUUCUCACUUUAAUCGAAAAGCAAAUCCAAGUGCUCAAGGAGGACAGGAGACCAAGAGUGCUUGUGAAUACUUUUGAUGCAUUAGAAUUGGAGCAAUUGAACGCUAUCGAUGAGCUCGAACUGGUCGCCAUUGGGCCGCUGUUGCCCUCCUUCGAGGGACAAGACUCUUCCAACGCAUCGCUACGAGGCGACCUCUUCCAAGGCUCGGGGGAUUACAUCAAGUGGUUAGGCACAAAGCCCGCGGCCUCGGUGAUUUACAUAUCGUUCGGAAGUAUUUCCACGCUAUUGAAGCCGCAGAAGGAAGAAAUCGCACGCGGGCUGCUGAGCACCGGCCGGCCAUUUCUGUGGGUGAUCCGGAAAGGCGGAGACCACGGAAAGCAGGAGGAGUCGGAGGAUGGAUUGAGCUGCGAAGAGGAGCUGCGGAAACAAGGAAUGAUCGUGCCGUGGUGCUCACAAGUUGAGGUCCUGUCGCAUCCCUCGGUCGGGUGCUUCGUCACGCACUGCGGCUGGAACUCGACGCUCGAGAGCCUCGUCUGCGGGGUGCCGAUGGUGGCGCUCCCGCUGUGGGCCGACCAGCUGACCAACGCCAUGCUCAUCGAGGAUGUGUGGAGGGUCGGGGUGAGGGCGGACGGGAAUGGAGGAGGCAUUGUGGAAGGAGGCGAGCUCGAGAGGUGCUUGGAAUUGGUCAUGGGAGGUGGGAAGAGGAGCGAAGGAAUGAGAGGGAAAGCUGAGAAGCUGAAGGAUUUGGCAAGAGAGGCGGCCAAAGAAGGUGGGUCUGCGGACAAGAAUCUCAAGGCUUUUCUGGAAGAGAUUGUCUCUAGCUGAAGAGUAG